GGCUACAAGGAAUCUGCUUGACGCCGAUUGGUCACAAUCCGAUCGUGAGCAACCUCCUCACCUGGUUGGGCGAUUCAGCCAUUAGCACAAGAGACUUCGCCAUGGCGGCCUACGACUACCAAGGCUGGGUCUUCAAGCAGGGCAGCCUCGUCCGGAGCUGGAAGAAGCGCUACAUGGUGCUCAAGAACAAGCAGCUCUCGUACUUUGACACGGAGAACGUGACGGCGUCGACCAAGGCGAAGGGCAGCUUCGCCGUCAUCACGAUCGAGUACGCCAAGGACAUCCAGCACGGGCUGCUCAUCCAUGGCGUCGGUGGCCGCGUCAUGAAGCUCUACACCGAGUCGGCCGAUUCGUGCACGGGCUGGUUUGACGCGGUCACGGCGGUCAUGCUCGGCCAAGUGCUGUCACAGGCCAGCUUGCGCGCGAGUUCGCACUCGGCGUCGGCGCCGCGCUCCAGCAGCCUCCGCGCCAGCACCACCAACCAGCCAUAUGCCGACGACGACAAUGAGCACUGCUCGGGCUGGCUCGCGAAAGAAGGCGGCCGCGUCAAGAACUGGAAGCGCCGCUUCUUCUUCCUCCAAGGCCGGUCGCUAACGUACUAUGACAACGACAAGAUGGCCGGGUCUGCGAAGGGCAACGGCCAAGUCUGCGGCGUGCGCGUGAACCGCGAGAAGUCGCAGUCGCUGGACAUUACGUUUGAGAAAGGUCGUAUCCUCCGUGUGACGGCCGACUGCGCCGACGACUUCGACACAUGGUUCCAAGCGCUCACGGCGGCCGUCGAGGGCCGCGCGUUCAGAAGAGACCGGGGGUCCAUGGCCGACGGUCGGUCGUCGAUCGCAUCGGGCAAGCCGCCGGUCUUUAGCUCGAUGGACUCGUAUGCGUCGUACGAAGAUGGCGGGUUUAGCCCGGGUGGCACGAGCUCGCGGUACCUGUCGCAAGACUCGGUCGACCAUCCGCUUGGUCGCAACAACAACUCGUCAUGGCUCUCGUCCGACUCGGACGACGACAAGAGUGAUGGCGACUGGCUCUAGACACGUGUCUCCAUCUGCGUAGGAUCAUCUCUCAAAACACUAACUAAUUCGAAGCUCAUUAUUUCCCA